UCAAAAUGAAAACUUGGGGAACAUUUUUGCUCCUUCUCUGCUUACAAGCCUUCACUUAUGUAGUGAUCGGUCAAUCUCAAACAUGUCCUGCUGAAAAUGCCAAUAAAUGUGACGAUUCAGAGUGGGAGGGAGAAUUCUUUCCUGGCAUUAACAAAAUUAAAUAUGAGGGUCCCUCUAGCAAGAAUCCACUUUCAUUUAAAUGGUAUAACGCAGAGGAAGAAAUUCUUGGAAAAAAGAUGAAGGACUGGUUCAGAUUUAGUGUUGCAUUUUGGCAUACAUUUCGUGGAACAGGUGCAGACCCGUUUGGUGCACCUACCAAGCACUGGCCGUGGGAAGAUGGUACCAAUUCUGUUAAAAUGGCUAAAAGAAGAAUGCGUGCUAACUUUGAGUUUAUAAACAAACUUGGAAUUGAUCUGUGGUGCUUCCACGAUCGGGAUAUUGCCCCUGAUGGAGAAUCUCUGGAGGAAGCUAAUGCAAACUUGGAUGAAGUGGUUGCCCUUGCCAAGGAGCUCCAGACUCAGAAAAAGAAAGUUUUAUGGGGAACAGCUCAAUUGUUUAUGCAUCCUCGUUAUAUGCAUGGUGCGGCUACUAGCUCUGAAUUAGGCGUCUAUGCAUAUGCUGCUACACAAGUGAAGAAGGCUAUGGAAGCUACACAUUAUUUGGGGGGAGAAAAUUUUGUUUUCUGGGGUGGCCGUGAGGGUUAUCAAUCCCUUUUGAACACAGAUAUGGAACGAGAGCUUAAUCAUUUGGCUAGGUUUUUUGAAGCUGCUGUUGCAUAUAAGAAGAAGAUUGGAUUCAAUGGGACUCUGUUGAUCGAACCCAAACCGCAAGAGCCUACAAAACAUCAGUAUGAUUGGGAUGCUGCAACCACAUCUAACUUCAUGCGAAAAUAUGGACUUAUAGGAGAAUUCAAACUCAAUAUUGAGUGCAACCAUGCCACCUUAUCUGGUCAUAGUUGUCACCAUGAGCUUGAAACUGCAAGGAUUAAUGGACUACUUGGUAAUAUUGAUGCAAACACUGGUGAUCCUCAAGUUGGUUGGGAUACAGAUCAAUUUCUUGUAGAUAUUCAAGAAGCAACAAUGAUUAUGCUCAGUGUGGUCAGAAAUGGUGGAAUUGCACCAGGUGGAUUCAACUUUGAUGCCAAAUUGCGAAGAGAGAGCACGGAUAUUGAAGACUUAUUUAUUGCUCACAUCAUCGGUAUGGAUACUAUGGCCCGCGGCCUCAAGAAUGUUGCUAAGCUAGUUGAGGAUGGUGCUCUAGCUGAGCUUGUUCGAAAGAGAUACCAGAGUUUUGACACUGAAAUUGGUGCUCAGAUAGAGGCUGGUAAAGCUGAUUUUGACUUCUUGGAGAAGAAAGUUAAGGAAUGGGGAGAACCCAAGGUUGCUUCAGCCAAACAGGAGCUAGCUGAGAUGAUCCUCCAGUCUGCGUUGUAAAAAAGUAAAAAGCAUUAUCGAUGUGACUAAAAUGGGCAUGGAUUCUGUUUCUGUUUGUUCUUCAAUUAGAAAUAGCUUAGCAAUCAGCAUAAUGGGUAGCUUUAGAGAAACAAAAUGUUAUGUUCUAGAUACAUUCUUCAACCUUGGCAAGACCUAUUAGUUUUCACUCAGGAAUGAUGCUAUGUUAGUAACUUCAUGUGAAUCCUAGUCCUUAAAAUAAUUCAGUAAACUAGGUAUUUAUUUUAUUUUA